AUGAGACGAACCCGAGCAUCUAACGUCCUGCUCACGACAGUCUGUCUGGCGACUUCUACUGCGGCACAGUCUUCGCCGGACCUCUUCGAGCGGGCCUCCACUUGCGGCGAUCCCGCAUAUACACAAUGUAGUCAAGCUGGACUACCGUCCAAUUUCUGUUGCGGGCCUUCUUCGGAUUGCGUGGUACUCGCCGCCAACACCACGGUAUUAUGCUGCCCGUCUGGAAGCUCCUGUUCGGUAAUCAAAUCCAUAACAUGUGAUAUCACACAGCAAAAUGCCACAGCGCAUCCAGACAUCUCGCUCAUGACAACGGCACUCACAGGGACACUACCUACAUGUGGCACUGGAUGCUGUCCGUUUGGAUACUCUUGCAAUUCGGACAAUAACUGUGUGAUCAACGCCAACCAGGAUACCGCGCCAGAUUCUUCUACAUCUUCCUCAUCAUCUGCUACAGCCGCAUCAUCCAGCUCUGCAGCCACCUCCUCUUCCUCUACAAUAACGCCUGCGGGAAAUGCAACUCUUCACGCCACAGAAUCUUCCAAUAAAUUUCCCGCUGCCGCCGUCCUAGUCGGGUUCUUUCCGGGUCUCAUCCUCGGCAUGCUCCUAACAAUCACAAUCAUUUGUCUCAUCGGUGCCCAUCGACGUAAGGCAUCUCGUCGAAACAGCGGCUCCUCCUUUGGAAACAUAUCAGAACCCCAGCCUCAAAGUGAUAUGCGCAGCGAUUUCUUGCGCAAGCAAACGCAGUCACCAUCGACGGAUGCAGGUACUACCGUGUCUCGACACGCCAGCGUGCAACGUGUUCGUUCUCUGUUUAGCAGGUCGAACAUUGAUGCGACACCCAGAUCGAGCCCGCCAGGUGUGCCGCCGGUUCCAACUCCGGCUUCGUUGAAGGUAAAUAGACCAAUGGUGCAGGAGCGUGGGCGACCGGUCACUCCAAUAUUGCAACGGGAGCCCAGUUACGAGGAUAUCAAUAUUUUUGCGGAUGGCGACACAGCGAGUGCAUUGAGGGAAAACGGGUUAGCAGGUCCAAGCAGGAAUACAAGAACAAGUCAUCAGACCACCUUCAGUGAUAUGAUGGAGAAGAGCGGGCUGGCUGGUUUACAGAAGGGUCAACCCUAUGUGUACAGAGGCAACUCGCUAGAGUACUCGCCAACCCCCUCAAAGACCACAAGUCCGAGAGGGAGGGUAAUUUGA